GUGUCCCUUUGUGUCCUUCUUGAACACGGCUGUGAAAAAAACCUGAAGAACUUGUCUGACGAGUCUUGAGUCUUGACUGACAAUGUUAUACAGCAGGCAGUGGACUUGGCUCUUUUCGACUGGGAGGAACUCAAACAGUUGCUUUGAGUAAAAGUUUGAAGCUUCUGGAAGGAGCUGGUGUCUUCAGUGGAAAAAUGGCUUGCCCUGAAGCUCUCCAAUGUCCUUCCUGUUUGGACGUCUUCAAAGACCCUGUCAUACUUUCUUGCAGCCACAGCUUCUGUCGCUCCUGUGUGGAGCGAUGGUGGGAGGAGAAAAAGGACCGUUCUUGUCCACUCUGUAGGACGAAGUGCAGAUCCAUGGAUUUACCUCCGAACUUGGCCUUGAGGAACGUGUGUGAAGCUUUUGCAGCGUCUUCUGUGGACACUGAGGAAGAGUGCAAGUUGCACAAGGAGAAACUGAAACUGUUCUGUUUGAACCAUCAGCAGCCUGUGUGCCUCGUUUGCAGACAUGCAAAUAUCCACACAAAUCACAAAUACUCUCCUAUCGAGGAAGCUGCAAAGGAACACAGAGAAGAUCUACAGAAAGUCCUACAAGUCAUGACAAAAAGACUGAAAAUGUUUACCAAAGUUAAAAAAGACAUCAGUCAACAAGCAGAACACAUCCAGGUCCAGAAGCAGCAGGCUGAAAGCAAGAUUAAGGAGACUUUUAAGGAACUUCACAACUUUCUGGAGGAGGAGGAAGAGGCUAGAUUGUCUCUUGUGAGAGAAGAAGAGCAAAGCAAGAGUCAGACAAUGAAAGAGAAGAUUGAGGGUCUCAGCAGCGACAUGAAAGCUCUCCAAGGUGUGAUUGACAGCACAGAGAAGCUGCUAACAGUUGGCAAUGUUUCCUUCUUGAAGAACUACAAGGAAAUGAGGGCCAGAGCCCAGAAGAUGCCUGAAGAGCCCAAGCUGGUCCCAGGACCUGUGCUGGACAUGGACAAACAUCUGAACAACCUCCCACUCACCAUGUGGGAAAAAAUUAAGACGUUGGUGUCCCAAAGUGCUGUGAUUCCAAACCCAAACACCAGCGGUGUGGUCAACAACACAUACUGCAAACUGAUGUUAAUGUCUGGGUCUAUAAGAACUGCAAUGGAAUAUCCAAACGGGAAAUACUAAAGGAGUUACCCGGUACGUGUAGACUUGCCUUUGUCAAUCAAAGAGAAACAGCAGAGAUUCAGAGUUCGUUUUGACAUUAGCAAGAGAAAGGUUUAAUUUCAUGACUUUUGUACAGACACUACUUUAGACACAUUUGAUACACCCAUUCCUUUUAGUUUUUGGAAGUAUUUAUCCAAGACAAUGACAAUAACACUGUACUCUUACAUUUCCAAUGAUGUCAAUAUCUGCUUGUGAAGAUUGUCCGUGAUGGAUUUGGAGACAUGUUGCUCCUACAGAAAUAUUUUACAUAGAGCUACACUAUGUUCAAAAUUCUUGUGUUCAGACAAAUCAUGUUGUGUAAGAAAGGUGUCUUGCCUGCUGACAGUUUGGGCCGACACUUCAGUCUUCGUUAGACACGUCACACCCGGAAGCUACGACAGCUCUGACGGAGGCUGAAGUUAUAACAUAAAAUGAUUAGUCAAACACAAAUAUGUGAUU